AUGGCCCUUUCACAACCAGAAGAUUUCGCCAUAUGGUAUCUAAGAACUACCUACCUCAACAGUUGCAAGGACGGUAUUGGUGAUCGUCUUAUCAGUGUGAGCUCUUCCAUACUCAACACUCAUGGUUUCCGAGCUGCGGGUUGGACCACCGAUGCCGUUCAGCCCACUCACUCUCCUCCUAUUCCAACCGCAAUCAAUACUGAAUACUUUCAGGAUGGCCGACCAGGUGUGCUACUUAGAGAGGAGUCUCGUGAUGACGAUGACGAAGGCGGUAUGGUCACUGGCCGCAAAUCGAACGACACUAUAGGCCCGGGUAUCAAUGUGGUUAAGCGUCGCCGUCGUCGUGAACAGAUCGAGGACGACGACAGCAGUGACUUGAGUGAUGAAAGCGACGAUGACGAGGAUGCCGGUAGAAGAGCUGCUCAGCAGAUUCGUUUUGCUAAAAUGCCUGCUCGCGAUCGUGCUGGAUCAUCUCCAUCACAGACAGCCGAAGUUCAAGCCAAGCCAGAUGUCAUGGUAACUUCACCUUCUAAACCAGACGGCAGAAAACGUACUGGUUCUUUGGGUGCUGUGGAAGCUGUAAAGGCACGGGCAAGAGCAGAUACUACCACCAGCAGCGACUUUUCCUCCGAGAACGAAAUCGACCCGGCCUAUUUCCAGAGACGACAGAUCAGACCCCAGAAACCCUCAAAGUCCUCAGGCAUCGCUGCCCCUCCACCCGAAAGGGAUUUGACCAAAGAAUUGGUGCAGAAAAACGACCCUGACCAUGAUCCUGAUGAUUCUGAUUCCGAUUCAGUCAACUCCGCCGCCUCCUCUGACCUAGGCCAGACACUAGACUCCACCGACCUACUGACGACCAGCGACGACCCACACAUGCGAUCCUCUUCGCCCAUCCUUGCCGGUGUUCGAACUGCGGGUGCCAGGCCAAUACCUUCGGAGUCGCCCAAGAGAAUGAGGAGUAUUCCAGCCUUGCAAGUGCUACCCUCCCCACGGCCCAUCAGCAUGAUACAGCCUGUCAGUCUACUUUCUCAGGCUCUCAGACGCCAGAGCUCUUCUACAAGUAACCCUGUUCAGAGAUUUGCUGGACUAUCUGGAAAGGGCUCGCCUAAUCCGUUGUGGAUCAAGGUCUUUGCCCCUUUUUCUGAAGCGUCAGACGAUCCAUUUGAAAUGCCCCUACUGAAGACUUCUAAAGAUGGCGAACCCGUCAUCGUAGCAGAAGCCAUUGGCCUAGCACUUUGGCGUUAUUGCGAAGAGAAGCUGAAGCCAGACUUGGAGCCCGAGCAGCUCAAUGUCAACAAGUGGGUGCUUCGCCUAGUCGAAGAUGGCGAGGUCGAGUAUGAUUUUCCACCACUAUCUCGAACAAGCGCUGUUGCAGACUUUACUAUGAAUAACAAUCGUGGUGCACGUGGUCGCUCUCGGGGCAGGGCCUAUGAUGAGUUUGCAUUGGUUGAAGCUUCGACUCGAGAAGCUGAAGUCAACGAAAGAGAGACACCCAUGUUCUCUCCGACAAAGAGCGAGAUGGCACCGCAGAGAUCGCAAAGGCCACAACCUCCUCAAGCAAUGCCCAGCACCAAUAUGGCUCCACCUCUUACCACGAGGCCCUCGAACAAGUCAAAUGCAUUACUGGUUGGCCAGCCCUUCACAUCCGCCUUGGCCAACACCGGACUUGAGCCUGCUGACAAACCAGCCCCAGCGACAAUGACCUCAACGCCACGUCUUGGAACGACAAAGACCAUAAGGGUCAAGUAUUUUGACCUUGACACAAUUGGUCAGACUACGAAAGUCGAGGUGUCUACAGAUACUUACAUUGCAGAGAUUCUUGAUCUUGUCUGCCGAAGAUGGAACCUGGAUAAAGCUGGAUUUUUACUCAAGGUUGCAGGGACAAAUACCGUCGCCGCACUAGAUCGAACAGUGGAAGCUCUGGGUACUCGAUCUGACCUGGAUCUAGUCCGAAAGAGGUUCGGGGCAGGGCCAAAUAACCUGACAGGGUCUCCAGGUAGCGCAUCACCAAAUGCUCCUUUGCUGCUCGACAUCCAAGGCCCGACAGGAAAGGAUAAGAAGAGCAAGAAGGGGCAGAAGAUGCUACAUCCUUUGGCACAAAAGCAGGACAUGAUGAUGAGCGCAACCAAUUUCAAGAAGUACUAUGUCACGAGGCGACGUGUGACCUCCUUCUCGCAAAGCAGUUCUAGGGUAUUGGUUUUCGAUGGAGAUAUGUUGCACAACAUGCCUGCAGACACCGGCAAGACUAUGAUCGACUCCAAUGCUAAGACAAACUCUUUUGCCUUUGCGGACAUGCUACGAUGCAAGGUCAGUACCAAGCAUCACAAGCUAAUUCGGCUUGUCGUGCGCAGAGGUACAGAGUCAAAGAGAUAUGACUUUGAAGCUCGAACAUCAGGCGAGGCGCAAGAGAUUGUUGACGAAAUCACGAAGGAAAUGAAACUGGCACGAGGCUAG